AUGAAUGGCAACGGAUCUAAGGUUUCAUCAGAGGGCAAGAUAAAGAGUUUAAUCGUGCUAUAUGCAGUAAGCAAGGUGUCAGCAGGAGCCCUUGUCAAUGCCUGUCCCGGACGGGCGGGCAGGCUUCCGCCGAGCGUCCCAGGACGGGCGGGGGAGGCGUCGCCGAGUGUCCUUGACUGGUGGGCAGGCGUCCGCUGA